UUAUAUUUCGAAACGAAUGCUUGCAUGUUUAUGUAUAAGUUAGAUAUGGGUGUCAUUGUGUAAGAGCUAUAUAUACAUCAAUAUAUAUAUAUAAACGAAUAUAUAUAUGUAUAUAUUUGUUACAGAAUUUAUCUUAUACAUAGUUGUCAAAUUUGUCCGAAGGAAGAAUUGUCAAAAUUAUUAUGUAUGACAAAGUAAAUUUAUAUACACUUGUAAAGGAAUGAGGAUAUCUCAAGAUCUCGAAAAUUUUCCGCAAAGUUUAGUCGAUUUAUGUGUCAAAGAAUGGUAUUUGGUUCCAUAUCGUUACGGAUAUUUAUUUGAAGAGAACAUUUUUGAUACACUCAUAACCAUUACUUGAUGCAAAAUGCAGUGUAAAAUUGACAAUCUACCUGACGAAUUACUAGAAUAUAUUCUGAGCUUAAUACCACCGUAUAAAGAUCUUCAGGAAUGCAAGCUUGUUUGUAAAAGAUGGUACCAUGCUACAAAAAAUGUGAUAGAACACAAUGAAGCACAUUUUCAAAAGUCCGUCGCUUUUGGAUCUUUGCAAUGGAAUUCAUUGCCAUCCACACAUUGGGUGCCUACUAUUGGAAAGAGACAUUCACAUUCUGCGUGUAUAUACGAGAAUUCUAUGUAUGUGUUUGGUGGUUGCACUGCUACGUGGACAACAUUUAAUGACUUGUGGCAGCUGGAUUUAGGCACAAGGACAUGGGUUAGACCGAUCACUAUGGGCAAUUAUCCAUCACCUAAAGCUUGUGCUACUAUGCUCUAUUAUAAAAAAAGUUUAAUUUUGUUCGGAGGAUGGUCUCAUCCAUCACCGUACCCUUUGCACCAGCAAUGGAAGUUAUUUAAUGAAUUACAUGUAUACUCUAUAGAAUCAAAUAAAUGGACUGCUAUAAAUACGUUAGAAACUCCACCACCAACAUCUGCACAUUCUGCAACAAUACAUAAAAAUUUAAUGGUCGUUUUUGGUGGUGUUUGUGGUGGAUACAGUUCUAAUGACGUAUGGUGCUUAAAUUUGGAUUCAUAUAGUUGGCACAAACAAACUACGUCAAAUUUGAAACCACAACCACGUUAUGGCCAAUCACAAAUUGAACUGGGAGAGAAGCAUCUACUUGUGCUUGGAGGUUGCACAGGACCUAAUGCUGCUAUGAAUGAUGCUUGGUUAUUAACAAUGGAAGGUGCGUCUUGGACAUGGAAAAAAGUUAAUAUGCAUAAUACAGAAUGGGCACCUACACGUAUUUGGUGUCAUCAAGCUUGUAAAGUGGGGAAUUAUAUUAUUGUACUUAGUAAAAACAGACGUCAAGCCAAAUCAAGUGAUAUGAGCAUCUCAAUGAAAAAGGUUGUUUGUCAACGAAGUACUUCACCACGUUUGUGUGAAUCAAAUCUUUUGCAUGAAAGGCAAGGAAAUUUAUCCGUCAUAGAUAGGGAUGAAAAUGUAAAUGGACGACAUGGAGUAUUUUCCAGAUCAUAUUCGCAAAAUGCACAUGCCUCAUCGCAUAUACCUAAUAUCUCAAAAACAAUAUCAUUGUACAGUGAUAAUGCUCUAAGCAUGGCUGCAUUUCGUGAUCAACCCUUGCGUAGCAGUUCAAAUACCAAUAGACAACGUCAAUUAGAAUCGCUAAGAAGAAUGGAAGAAAAAAUUCGUAACAAGAGAGCGCAACAUUUGAUGAAAGUAUUAAAAAAAUCCGAGAAUACAUUAUCUAUAUUUGUAUUGGAUAUUGCAAAUGUCCUUUCCGAUGACUGUAAUGCUUCGUGGAUCCCCUUGAAGCAAAAUGAUCAUUCAGGACCUGACGAGAGAAUCCUGUACUCUCUUGUAGUGGGAAGAGGAGAGUUGAUAGUUUUUGGAGGUAUUCGUAAAGAACAUUCGACAUUAGGCCACACUGAUGUAGAUGAUUCUGUAGUGUAUAAUGAUCUCUAUUUUAUAAACCCUCCUCGAUAUAUCAUUUAAUAUUGGUAAAUAAUUAAAAAUAGUAUCGUACAAAGUUUUAUUUCAUCUUGCUAAAACUUUG